AUGUUUUUCCCCAAGAUCCUCAUCGGCGGCGUUUUUGCCAUGCUCCAGAUGCAGCCUGCCGCCGCAAUUCCUAUCAAUGCCACCGCGAUUUCUACCUCUGCCAACGCCACGAUGCCAGCCAGCAUGACCCUCGCGCGUCGGAUCAUCGAUGUCGACACGGUCGACUGUCAUGACGAAUGGUAUCAGGAACCGGCAGUCCGCACCAAGAUUGCCAUCACAAAGUUUAUCCGAGAGGGCAUGGAGUACCUCAGACAUGUCGCUGGCGUCCCCAAGCUCGGUCCUGGUUCCAACAACUGCGAGCGGGUCAGCUGCUCAAUGUCGUCAGCCAUUGCCUGGUGCAACCACGACCCCGACAACUCAAACGAGCUCCCUUCGUAUGAAACGAUUGCCGAGGCCGCUGAGAUCAUCCUUGGGUGGUGCAAGGCGAGUAAGAAAGAAUUGCAUAUCAAGGGCCAGGUCUAUUCGAAGCAGAAGUGGAGUGUCAUUAUUGAGGGAGAUGAUUGCUGAGACGGGAGGUGCGCCUACCUAUCCUCUAGACAUUUUUACGACAAAGGCAUGAGGAGCAUGGGCAUUAUCUAUCCGAGUGGGCGUCAGUUUUGAUCACGGGUUCAUGCAUUGUACAGGGCACAGGUUUGCCAGGACGGAAAAUGUUAGGUAGCGACCCCAGGAUCAGACGAGGUGGUCUUUUUGUUUUGUCUGGUCAGUUUUUGGGUCUUUGGGUCUGCAUAUAACAUAUCUCACGAAACAACAAGCUGAGGUGGAACUUGGAUACCUCCGUCCACCGGAGAAUAAGUUCCACUUGUCAUAUCAGUCUU